AUGGCAGAGAGUGCAGUCACAUUUCUACUCAAAAAGCUGAUAGCAGCCUUACACCACGAGGAGGUGAAACUAUUGAGAGGUGUUUGGGGAGAAGUUACGUACAUAAAGGAUGAAUUGGAGCGUAUGACAGCCUUCCUAAACGUUGCAGAUCAGGCAUCACACGAAAGUGACGAAGAACUCAAAGUAUGGGUUAAGCAAGUAAGAGAUGUUGUUUAUGACACCAACGAUGUCCUAGAUGAGUUCAAGCUUCAUGUGGAAAAUCAUCAUCAUAGGCAGCAGGGGUUUUUUCGUUCUUUUCUGAAUUUUUUUCACUCUAUCCUGAACUUGAAAGCUCGCCAUCGGAUUGCUUCAAGAAUGAAACACAUCAAAACAAGAGUCAGAAAUAUCUCUGAGGGGCGUCAGAGAUACCGCUACAAAUGUAACAUUGUGGAGGAGGGCUCAACCUCCUCCACUGUUUCAAACAGCACAUGGCAUGACUGCCGAGGGGAUGCACUUCUCGUAGAAGAGGCUGAGCUAGUAGGCAUCGACAAGCGCAAGAAGCAGCUGAUUGAGCACCUUUUGGAGGAUGAGCCUGAACUCAAAAUCAUCUCGGUGGUUGGAAUGGGAGGGAUGGGCAAAACUACACUGGUAAGGAAGAUUUAUGAAGACUCAAAAGUUAAAAGGCAUUUCCAAACCCAUGUUUGGAUCACAGUUUCUCAGACAUUUGUGGUUGAGGAGUUCCUAAAGGACAUAAUUGUGCAACUCUUUGCUGAGAUCAAGCAACCAGUCCCUCAAAGAAUUAAUGACAUGGGCAGCCAUGAUCUGAAAAUGCAAAUAAACGAAUUUUUGAGUCAAAAGAGGUAUGUAAUUGUUUUAGAUGAUAUCUGGAGGAUAGAUGCAUGUAAAGCUCUAAAAUAUGCAUUACCUAACUGUCAAUGUGGGAGUCGGGUUAUGCUCACAACACGAAUUGCUGAUAUAGCUUCCACCACCAGCACCAUAUUCGAUGGUAGUGUCACAUAUCCUUUAGAACCCUUGUCACGGGAAGAGUCUUGGAACCUAUUUUACAGAAAGACAUUCAAAGCAGACACUUGUCCUCCACAUUUGAAUGAAAUUUCUCGACGUAUCUUAAGAAGAUGCGAAGGAUUGCCACUUGCAAUUGCGGCAAUCAGUGGCCUUCUGGCUACAAAAGACAAAGGCUAUUUGAAACCUUGUUUCCUGUACUUCAGCAUUUUCCCCAACAAUUAUUUUAUUAAGCGUAUGAGACUGAUUAGAUUGUGGGUGGCAGAAGGAUUUGUACAAGUAAGAGAAGGGCAGAUGCCAGAAGAAAUUGCUGAGAGCUACCUCAAUGAGCUUGUCAAUAGAAGCUUAGUCCAAAUAGCAACAACAACUAGAAAUGGAAGGGUUAGCACAUGCCGCAUCCACGACCUUUUGCGUGAAAUUUCUCUUUCCAAGUCAAGAGAACUAAACUUUGUAACAAUUGCCAACAGAAACAACACACAGUGGCUUGAAAGAAUCCGGCGCUUGUCAAUUCAUAAAACAUGUAGAAAUGUGGAAAAGGGCAAGAGGCUCUCCCAUCUUCGUUCUCUGUUCACGUUUGGGGUCGCAGACAUGCCAUCUAAAUUACCCAUCUCUACAUUGCUUACUGGUGUCCCCAGGCUGCUCAAGGUAUUAGAUUUGCAAGGUGCACCUUUGGAGUCUCUUCCAAAUGAAAUCUUUGAAUUGUACCUUUUAAGGUAUUUAAGCUUGAGAAAAACAAGGGUGAAAAAGAUUCCAAGCUCUAUUGGGAGGCUUGUAAACCUAGAGACACUGGAUCUCAAACAUGCCAGUGUAACUGAAUUGCCUGUUGAAAUUCUAAAGCUCCAAAAACUACGCCAUCUUUUGGUGUAUCGUUACGUGAAAAGAUCUUCACCCUUUCACUCCACCUACGGUUUCAAGCCACCAUUGGGGAUGGGCGAUUUGCAAUCCCUGCAAAAGCUCUGUUUUGUUGAAGCAAAUCAAAGUAGUGAUAUAUUAAAUGAGGUAGGAAAGCUAACCCAACUGAGGAAGUUAGGCAUUACCAAGUUGAGGAGAGAGGAUGGGGGGCAUUGUGCUCCUCCAUUGAAAACCUUCGCAACCUUCGUUCAUUAG